GAAGCGGUUAAUCGAGAGGAACCUUCUUGGAAAUGUUUACAUCAGAAGAUUCUUCUAUCUCUGCAUGUUUUAAAGAGUUACAUGACAAGCUGUUGUAAAUCUUCAUUCUGUAUGUGCUGCCAAAACUGUUUCUUUUGUUGGAGGGGAUUGUUCUUUCGAGAUGAAUUUCUCUUGGACAACUUUUACGAGGAAAUAACGCCUCAAGAGUGGAACGCAUUGGAAAAAGAAGCAGGCAAAAUAAAAGGCGAAGUGACGGAGAACAUUGUCCUGGUGAAGACAAAUGUAUCACCAUCCAUCACAGAAGAAGUUGCGACCUCAAGCGCACAGGAGACACCCAUCUCUUCACGGUCAUUGGUGGACCGUGGGGCCUGUGACAUCAUUGAGGAUUUGGAGACGAGCGAAAAUGAAUCUACCAAAACCCCGUUUAACACCAAAUAUUUUCGAUGCUACACUGAACCCUGGUUCGCGACAGAGAUGUGGAAGAACCCGGGCAAAACUAGAACUAAAAUGAAAUCCUUUAAAGAAAUAUUCCAGAGAAGAAGAUAUUCACGUUUCUUAGAUGAGCAAAAUGACGAAGAUUCGUCAGAUGAUAAACGUUCAGCAGUUGAGUCAAAAGUCAAAUUGCGCACCAAGAUUCUAACACGGCGAAGUCAACGCCAAAGCCAAGAAAAAGAACCAACUGAGGGUUCAUUAUCGAGAAGCCUGUCUCCUUCCUACAUGUUUAAUGACCAUCAAGGACAUAUUGAGACCAGUAUCUCUUUUGCUGCGCAUGUCAGGAGACAAGGUCCCGGCUUUUCGGCCAGUUGUACCCAGACCCUGCGCACCAGUGAUUUUACGUCGAUCGGCGACUUGUUUGAAAGCGAGGUACACAGUAACGUUACGUUCAAUCCGCUCUUCGAGGAUGACGACAGUGAAGACGAAGAAUAUGUCAAACGAACUCGACCGAGAAGGUAUCGAUUGUACACCAUCGACGAAGAAUCGGAAUCUUUCGACUCUAACUAAUAUCAUAUAAAAAGAU